CUACAAAGUAGAAAGAUAAACCAUCUCACCAAACAAACAAAAAUCAAGAAAAUCCCUUCUUCUAUAAAGUCUCUCCAAGUCUCUCAAGCUUUUCACAUAAGCAGCGCCGCAUGUAUAAAAAAAAAAAAUGUUAUUUACUACAUGUAUUGAACAUCUCAGAACCCAACCAAUUUGGUUUCUUCUGAUCUCAUCCCUUGGUUUCUUCACCAUUCUCAAAAAAUCAGCUACUUUUCUCAAUUGGGUUUUCAUAACAUUUAUCAGAGACCCAAAAGAUCUCAAAAGAUAUGGAUCUUGGGCCAUGGUUACUGGUUCUACCGAUGGAAUAGGAAAAGCUUUUGCAUACCAACUUGCAAAGAAAGGGUUAAACUUGAUUCUCGUCAGCAGGAAUUCCAGCAAGCUCAAAUCUGUCUCAAAAGAAUUUCAAGCAGAAUUCCCAGAUACCCAGAUUAAAACUAUAGCUUUUGAUUUCUCCAGCGAUAUCUUGGAAGGUGUGAAGGAAAUAGAAGAGGGAAUCAAAGGGUUGGAAAUUGGGAUUUUGAUAAACAAUGUUGGAGUUUCCUAUCCAUCCGCUGCAUAUUUCCAUGAGGUUGACGAGCAAGUUUGGAUGGAUAUUGUAAGAGUGAAUUUGGAAGGUACAACUUGGGUUUCAAGAGCAGUUUUACCAGGUAUGCUUCAGAGAAAAAGAGGUGCUAUUGUUAAUAUUGGUUCUGGUGCUGCCAUUGUUGUACCUUCACAUCCUCUCUACACAACGUAUGCUGCGACAAAAUCUUAUAUUGAUCAACUAUCAAGAUGCUUGCAUGUGGAAUACAAGCACUGUGGAAUUGAUGUGCAGUGUCAGGUACCAUUAUAUGUAGCAACAAAAAUGGCAUCGGAUAUAGCAUCCAUCAAAAGAUCAUCCUUGUUUGUACCAUCACCGGACGAUUAUGCAGAAGCUGCAAUACGCCAUAUCGGCUACGAAGCACGGUGCACACCAUAUUGGUCUCAUUGGGUCCAAUGGUGCUUCGCCGGCUUGCUGCCUGAGGCCAUCCUUGACUCGUGGCGCCUUUCCAUUGGUAUCAACAGGAGGCAGGGAAAGCUACUCAUCCCAUGAGUCAUCAGCAUGUAAUAAAUUUUGUUGUUUGGUUUGUAAGGCACAAAGUUCUCUGCAUAUGUGUGUGAGAGAGAUUACAAAAUUUCAUUAAACUUUGCAUUAAUUUCCAAAAAAAAAGUUGAUAGCUAUAUGCGUGUUAGAUAAUUUGUAGGUAAUAUGUAUGGUCGUAAGGUGUUUGUUACCAACAAAAAAUCAUUAUCAGAAAAAAAAUGCUAAGAGAGGGUGACAAUUCAAUACAGUGUUCUAUUGGAUACUAAGAAUCAAUUUAUUGUUCCAACUAA